AUGGCCGCUACAGCAGAAAAGCCUAGAACGGAAAACAACCCCCAAGAGGAGGAUGACUACUAUUCCCAGGACGGCAGUGACUACGACUCCUAUUCAGAAGACGACAUAGAUGAGCCCUUAACCGAGUCUGAGGACGAAGGAGGACAACAACAACAACACCGAAGGAAACCUCGCACACAGCAAGCUGAAGCCGACUAUUACGAUGAUGACGACGACGACGACGAGGAUGACGAUUAUGAUGAUGAUGAAGACGAUGCGGCGGUAGCUCCCUAUGGGCGCAAUGAUGCUAUGCAGCAGAAUAGGCAAGGUGGUGGCAGAAUGGAACCUGCUCCGGAUGCUAAAAAGUCCGCAGAUGAAGAGGAUGGUCUGAAGCUGAAGGUGGAGGUUAAUCUCGAGGUUGAGGUUGAGCUAAAGGCUGCUAUACACGGUGACCUGACUCUAUCUUUACUUGCCUAA